AAAGGAGCACGCGGCAAGAGGAUGAAAUGUUGGGGUUCAUGCUGCCACUCGAGCUGCGAGAAGUUUUCCACCUAUACCGUUAUGGAAGCGUUGGAACUCAGAAUUGGGGGGCGAGGGGGUGAGAGAAAAGAGAACUCAGCAUGCGAUUCCUGUUGCGCCACUACGCACCAGGAAUUCUUGAGAACGAUGGGAAUGGCAACUAUUAGAUUCGAGGGGGGAGAAAAAAGAGCUGGAGUGAGCAAAACAAAGAGCGAGUGUGGGCCGCGGUGACUUCAUGCCUCACCAAUGUCCCGCCCACGCUACUCCGAGCUGGAGCUGUUUGCUGCUUCUGCUGCUGCUGCUGUCCUGGGCCGCCACUGCGCUUGCUGGCGACCCAAGCAAGGAGCACUGUAGCGUGGGGAGGUUUCCUAGCAACUCUCAGCUCGGAGCACGCCCAGCCACCCGAAAGCUGGGAGCCCCCACGGGGGACCACAGAACUAGAUCACCCCAUCCCUGCCCAUCGCCUGCCUCUCUUCCCUCUCAUCCCAGAACGCAUCAGCUGCCAGGGUUCUGGGUGGCCAGACGCCUGAGCCGACAGAGUCCGAGAAAGGACAAGGGUACGCAGCUCCCUCCCAGCGAGGUGCAUGGAACAUCCCCUUCUAGCCCAGUAAGCAACUGGGAUGCCUUGUUGGUUGCCCGCGAGUGCAGACAGGAGCUUCUAGGGAGCUCGCGGAGCUGCUUCCCCAAGCUGCUGGCACCCGUGUCUCCUCUCCCGCCAAUCGGAACGCUGCCGCCUGAACCUCUGCUAGCUGCGACUAAGUGGAGUUGGCCUCCCUGCCCACCUGUGGAAGAAGCUAGCACCGACUGAUGCGCCAGCAACUCCCCCACCCCCUUGGCCUUCUAGCCGUCCCCUCCCACUAAAGCAGCAUCACCCUGUGAAUUACAUUAGGGUGGUUUUCCCCCCAGCCUCAGGCUUUGUUUGGGUUUGAUUGUGUUUGGCUCUUCGCUAAGCUGAUUUAUGCAGCAGAGCCCCAUCGGCUGGGGAGAAACAAAAGCUCUUUUCUUUGUCUGGGAGCGGACUGUGGAGCCCGUACUUGCUUCGCCCCCGCGGGCCAUCGGCUGUCCAAGGAGGUGCUUUUUGUUGAGACUGCAAGCCCCGCCGUGCGGAGCUGGGAGGGCCUUAAGGGCCCUGAGAUGCAGAGAGCUGCCCUGGACCGAAUACCUGUAUCGCCUACUGAGAGCAACUGGGUCGGCCAACCCGGCCUGUCGAAAAGGUCCUAGGGACUCGCAGCCCACGGGCCUCAAGGUGCGCUCUCAAGUCGGGAGAGCGCAUCAGGAAAGCAACUAGGCAGUAGGCACCGGGCGGGCUGCUUUGCAUUAUGUGCGGCUCGGCCCUGGCUUUUCUGACUGCUGCACUGCUCUCUCUGCACAACUGCCAGCGAGGUCCAGCCUUGGUUCUUGGGGCAGCCUGGGUAUUUUCACUUGUUCUCGGACUGGGCCAAAGUGGAUUUUGUUUCAGGUGGAUCAGGAAGUGAACGUUGUGAUACUGUUUCCAGUUUGAUAAGCAAAGGCUGUCCAGUUGAUUCAAUAGAAUACCUGUCUGUGCAUGUUGUAACGUCAAGUGAGAAUGAAAUCAAUACCCAGGUGACACCGGGAGAAGUCUCAGUCCAACUGCAUCCAGGAGCUGAAGCUAAUUUUAUGUUAAAAGUCCGUCCUCUGAAGAAAUACCCCGUGGAUCUUUAUUAUCUGGUUGAUGUGUCAGCAUCAAUGCACAAUAAUAUAGAAAAAUUGAAUUCCGUUGGAAAUGAUUUAUCUAAAAAAAUGGCCCUUUAUUCCCGUGACUUCCGUCUUGGUUUUGGCUCAUAUGUGGAUAAAACUGUCUCGCCAUACAUUAGUAUCCACCCGGAAAGGAUCCACAAUCAGUGCAGUGACUACAAUUUAGACUGUAUGCCUCCCCAUGGAUACAUUCAUGUGCUGUCUCUGACAGAAAACAUCACUGAGUUUGAAAAAGCAGUCCACAGACAAAAGAUCUCUGGAAACAUAGACACCCCUGAAGGAGGUUUUGAUGCCAUGCUUCAGGCUGCCGUCUGUGAGAGUCAUAUUGGAUGGCGAAAAGAAGCUAAAAGAUUGCUGCUGGUGAUGACAGACCAGACAUCACAUCUUGCUCUUGACAGCAAAUUGGCAGGCAUAGUGGUGCCGAAUGACGGAAACUGCCAUCUCAAAAACAAUGUCUACGUCAAAUCGACAACCAUGGAACAUCCGUCAUUAGGCCAACUUUCUGAAAAGUUAAUAGACAACAACAUAAAUGUCAUUUUUGCAGUUCAAGGAAAGCAGUUUCAUUGGUACAAGGACCUUCUGCCCCUUUUGCCUGGUGCCAUUGCUGGUGAAAUAGAAUCCAAAGCUGCAAAUCUCAACAAUUUAGUAGUAGAAGCCUACAAGAAGAUUAUCUCAGAAGUAAAAGUGCAGCUGGAAAACCAGGUACACGGUGUCCAUUUUAACAUCACUGCCAUCUGUCCAGAUGGGGCCAGAAAGCCAGGCAUAAGUGGGUGUGGAAACGUGACAAGCAAUGACGAAGUUCUUUUCAAUGUAACUGUUGUGAUGAAAACAUGUGAUAUCAUGGGAGGAAAAAACUAUGCAAUAAUCAAGCCUAUUGGUUUCAAUGAAACCACUAAAGUCCACAUACACAGAAGCUGCAGUUGCCAGUGUGAGAACCACAGAGGACUCAAAGGACAGUGUGCGGAAGCUGCCCCAGACCCCAAGUGUCCACAGUGUGAUGACAGCAGAUGUCAUUUUGAUGAAGACCAGUUUCCUUCUGAAACUUGCAAGCCACAGGAGGAUCAACCUGUCUGCAGUGGCCGAGGUGUUUGCAUCUGUGGGAAAUGUUUAUGUCACAAAACCAAGCUAGGAAGAGUGUAUGGCCAGUACUGUGAGAAGGAUGACUUCUCCUGUCCCUAUCUCCAUGGGGAUGUGUGUGCUGGGCAUGGGGAGUGUGAAGGUGGCAGAUGCCAGUGCUUUAGUGGCUGGGAAGGAGAUCGGUGUCAGUGCCCAUCAGCCUCAGCACAGCACUGUGUCAACUCCAAGGGCCAAGUUUGCAGCGGGAGAGGCACCUGCGUGUGUGGCAGGUGUGAGUGUACUGAUCCCAGAAGCAUUGGCCGUCUCUGUGAGCACUGCCCAACCUGCCAUCUCUCCUGCAGUGAAAACUGGAAUUGUCUGCAGUGCCUUCACCCUCACAAUCUGUCUCAGGCUGCCCUUGAUCAGUGUAAAUCCUCCUGUGCUGUCAUGGAACAGCAUCGCAUGGACCAAACAUCAGAAUGUUUAUCUGGCCCAAGCUAUCUGCGAAUAUUUUUCAUCAUAUUCAUAGUCACAUUCUUGAUCGGGUUGCUUAAAGUUCUUAUCAUUAGACAAGUGAUACUACAAUGGAAUAAUAAUAAAAUAAAGUCCUCAUCAGAUUAUAGAAUGUCUGCUUCUAAAAAGGAUAAACUGAUUCUGCAAAGUGUUUGCACGAGAGCUGUAACCUACCGACGAGAAAAGCCUGAGGAAAUAAAAAUGGAUAUCAGCAAACUAAAUGCUCAGGAGGCCUUCAGGUGCAACUUCUAAAUAAGAUUAACAAACAAACAAAAACUGUUGGAAGCUGGAUGGUUUUACAAUUUAUUCUAGCAAGUAUAAUAUAAAGUCACAGGAGAAGACAAAUUAUAUUGAAGAGUGUGCCAUGAAGACUGGCAAGUGUCUUCACAACCAUAUGACUCACUCAGCUGCUGAAGUUUUCAGUGAACUAUGUGUCUUACUACUGUUGGAGACUAGUGUUGUAGCACUUUAUUGUAAUAUAUAACUUAUUUAGAUCAGCGUAGAAUGUAGAUCAUCUGGGAAAGCACUGAUUACACUUUACAGGUACCUGUCAGCCCUGAGCUUCACAGACAAACACGAGGCUAUGGAGCAGGUUGCAGGGUGUCACCACCACAGACUGGUGAUCCUUCUGUACAACCUGCUGAUGAAAAGCAUCCAGGAGUAGUUGAAAGCAGUCAACCACACCCGGCAAUUGGCAUUGUCGAGCUGUGUACAACCAGCUGAGUAAGGGUUAGGCUUUCAUUUCAGUUUGGGUGAACAGAUGAACUUUAAUCUAAGCGGUGUUGCUUUUGAAGCUGUGCAGUUUUGUGCAUGCACGGGUCUGUUUUCUUCUCCUUUGAAGCUGCGUGGCUUUGUGCAUGUACAAAUCUGCUUUCUUCUCUUUUCCAAAAUGGAUUUUGACUCCAACAUCUUCUCCUUUUUGCAUUUAAAUUCUGUUUUUCUUCCUUUGGAAUAAGUUUAUAAUGUCACAAAUGACUGGAUUAAAUAAGUGCUAAGUUACUACUGCCAUAGAACCUAUAUGACAAUGUCACUUUACUAGAAUACUGGUUUUAAAGCUGAAUGUUAAUAAGGGUCACUGUAAGGUGUCUAAGGUCAUCUAAGUCCAUAGCUUCUUUGUCUGAAGAUAGUUUAUAUAUUCUUACCUGUCAAACUGGAUGGAUUGUUUCACUCUGUCAUUGAUCUGACCUGUAGCCCGAAAUCCAAAAGGUGUCUACAAAACUGCUUCGAGCAGAGUACCCUCUUUUCUGAGUGUGUUCUCUUGAUUUUUACUCCAAGAUGAUGUCAACAGUUUUCAAAUGGAAAGCUAUAUUAUUCUUGCCCUCCUGUGUUCCCUAAGGGCAUUCCUUGAAUCCCAACCCUACUCAUAAGAAUUCACAAAGGUAUAAAAUUGGACACAUGAGGGUAAUAUCCUGGAAACAAGCUAAUCUCCCCUUUUUGUUAGCCAGGAAAUGGAGGCUCAGAAAAUUAAAACGAUUUUACAAAACACAGACGCGGAGAAAGUGACAAUACCAGAGAAGAGCUGCCUUCCAAUUACAGGACAGCAUUGGACAAUAAUACUCUACCUCUUGAAUCUGUAAAACAUCCAUGGCAAAAUUUAAAAUACGAUUUAUUCAAGUCUUGAAUAUUUUUCUUGAGAAUAUUUCAAUGCAAAGUAGAAAAGGGUACUGUGCAUAAGCAGCUUCUAGUUUUCCCCAUUAGCCACCUUCUGAUAAGGCUUUGGUGCAGCCCUUCCCUCCACAGUGACUACAAGAACAAGCCUCUUGGAGCUGGCCAUGCUUUGAUCCAGAGGCUCGUGACUUGGAUUCUAAAUUCUAACUGUCCUUUGUGUAGCAAGUGUCUUACCUGUGAAAACAGAGGAAUCUAAAGAGUGUCUCUCCUCAGUUUGCUGCUCUCCAGCACUUGAAAGUUAUUAGAUAUUAGCAUGUCGAUGAACACUAGCCUCUAUUAGGUAUUAUACUCUGGGGGCUGGAACGCCUGUAAAUUAUUCUCUAGUCAGAAAACAUGAUGUGUCCCUUAGCAGAGCUAUGACAAUGCUCUUGACUUGAGUGUUUACUCAAGUUGAGAUGGGCAUUGUCAAAAUACUGUGACUGCACCUAAAGAAACUGUGCUCACUAAAGCUGAUGUGAAAAUCCUACUUUGCUGCUCAGAAUAGGGUCCUUUUAUAAAUAUACAUAUUAAUGGAUGCUUGGCAGUCCCUCCUCCCAAAGGAAGAUAUCCAUUAAUUAAAUGCUAGCAACUCAAAAGUGAGCAGUGUUUAUGAACAAUGAUUUCCACAUGAAAUGAGCAAAAGAGCAUAAUCAAAGAGAAGCCUUGAAAAAAAAUGAUUUGUACAUUUUUAGGCCCUCACUAGUUUGCACUAAUUUUAAGACUGACCAAGGCUGUUGCCAUGGGAAAGAUGAAUUUCCUUGCCAAGAAUUCAGUGCUGGAUGAUAAUAUGUACUUACAUGUGGAAUGUCUUGUAGCCUUUCUUUCUCUUCUUUUUGUUAACUUAAAAAGCUAAUUUUUAAAAGAUUGUAGGGCUUAUAUUUUACUUGAAUAAUUGUUCUGUUUAAUAGUUUGUGAGAAGAGAAUUAAUAUUUACUAGGUAGAAUUAAUUAACAGUAAGGGGAAACAGGGUAUUCUUAGAUUAAAUAAUUUAUGUAUUUUAGACUAUUUUCAAAUGCUAUGAUCACAUGAGUUAUUUGAGUUGUUGAUAGUAAAUGCAAUUAAUUGAAUUUUAAAUUGUUAGCAAAAUGAAUAACGAGUGAUAAUUUUUUUGGCCUGUCAGCAUUUUGUUCCCUGGUGUGUAAUUAUUCAAAACUGUCCCAUAUUUCCACUACAUAAGCAACUAUAUACAAGUUAUUUCUUCUGAGACAUUUUUUUACACUGCAGUAAACAUGUAUUUAUAAACAUUUGAUACAAUUUUUUAGGUAUUUUCUACUAUUUAUUAAGCCAUAUCCAUUCUCUAAGAGACAUGUUCAAUUUAACUUAGUUUAUAAAAAUAACAAAAACAAACUAGGUAUCUCUGGGGGCAAAGUUUUCAAAAUUGACAAAUUAAAAUUGUGUAUAUAUCAAAUGCAAAACCGCCAAAGAAUAAAAUUCAAAUAUCUUUUAAUAUUUACUAAACCUCCAUUAAGGAUAUUCUUUUAUAUAUCAACAAACAUCUGUGAUACACUGAAAUCAUUAUUCUUGCUAGAUUAUGAAUGUUUUUCUCAGUAGAAUUAUAUUUCUUCUGGCACUUGGUAGACGAGCUUAUACUCAAUGACUCUUCCUUCCUUCCCGUCUCCUGUUUGUCCCAUUCACAUUUCUCUAGAAAUUGCCCAUAAGCUUCAAGCCAAUAAGCCUAAUUUUGAAAAAUAACAGCUUAACAAUAUAACUAAGUUCUUCAUUUCCAAAAAAAAUCUCUUAUUAAUGUCGGCACUCAUUUGGACAAAUACAGCCCUUCUGAAAACAAAGAAUUUUAAAUGUUCACAAUGUUGUGAUUUAUGUUUUGUAAAGGUAGCAGCUCAUUAGGAGGUUCAAUACUGUAUUCUCCUUGUUUACUCUUGAUACUUAGCUUACAGCUAUCCUUAUGUCCUUAGGACUGUAAAAACUUCAUUUUAUGUAAUGCAAACGUUUUCAAGGGAUAGCACUAAUAUUCCUUCAAAUCCUUUCCUUUUCAUCUUCCAUAAUCCCUGCAUGGCAAAUUAGUUGUGGAUAAUUGAUUAGACAUACCUACUGUGUGUCUUGCUGAUUCUAGAAGACAUUUUUUUUUCAAUUUAGCAUCCCCCAAAUUGGGACAUCUCUUGAAAUUGUCAUCUGCAGUGUAGUGUUUAAAACUGUGUUGAGAUAAAUACUACAGUAAUUAAAUAUUCAUGGAUACAGUUCUUUCCAUAUAAAUGUUUAUGAAUUCGUUUUUGAUGACAUGUGAAGCCAGUUUUUAAUACAGCUGAACCGCAUACUACUCAAUGCAAACCUAACUGGCUAUUAGCUCGGAUCCUUUGAAUCUUUGAGUUACAAAAGCUCUUUCAGGCUCCCAUUUAUACUGUCUGCUAACAGCAGUGAUUUAAGCAAACUGAAGCUAAUAAAAGUGUGGAGUUUCUUGAGCUUUCAUUUAAGGAUCUUUAGCAUUCCCAUUCCUAGUUAAGGGAUUGUUUAAAAUGAUCAUCUCACUUUUAAAUAAGUUAACUGGAAAAAAGAUUACAUGAAAACAUCAUAGUUAGAUUUCACAGCACUUUGUAAGUUUGAUGCCAGUUACCAGAGACUAAAAUGAUGCAACCAGCUAGUCUUGAAAAGAUUUCCUCUGAGAUCUCGCAACUUUCUCAUUUCUCCUUAUCCUUUACUUUCUUUUGAUGUUUUGGUUGGCUCAAGUAACUUUUCCUCUACAGCCCAUGUGAUGACUGUUAUAAAAAAAAAACUGCAGUUAAAAUAUAGUACUUUAUGUGAAACAAUUGUUCAACUCUUUAGGCAGCUUUUGAUCGAAUAUGUGAGAGUAAUAACACUACUCUGUCUACCUGCAAUACCUUCCUGUAUAGAAUGUAUCUUUGUAAGCUAACUCUUUCAACCAGGUGUCUAUUCUUCACAACCAAUGUCAGUACAACUGUGUAACUCAUCAGUAUAGGAGAAAGAAAAUAAAAAACCACAUUGCAAUUAUCAAGGAUAGAAAUGUGAUUUCUGUAGAGAACUUUACUGACUUUAUACAUAUAAAUGUGAGUCUGAAAACAUGUCUGCACAAUGACAAGUAUGGUACACAGAUUUUUAUUGAAAUGUUGAGCAAAACUAUUUUCAUUCUAAAUUAUAAGUACCAAUUUGCACAUUAUAAUAUAGAAAUCCAUUUUGUAUAUAUUUAACAUAUGUUUAAGGCUGUUUUACAUCUACUACCUUCUUUAUGAAGGUUUGUAAAUCUUUGCAAAAGCAAUUAGACAUGUUUUAAAAUCAAUAACAGUCUUUGUUUGACUUAACAAAUAAUGCCUUUGUAAGAAACAUUUAAUAUAGAAUGUAUUUUUAAAUCAAGACAUUUGAAUAUGAAAUAGCUCAAAGAAAAACAAAUUCUUCAUGAACACAUUUUAUGUUGUUUCUGGCUUUGAUUAUAUAAAAGGUGAAAUUGCCUUAAAGACAGAAGCUUGGUAAAUAUGACAAUUUCACGUACUAUACUAUGAAUCUCCUUGCAUAACUGGUUGACUACUAACUUCUCUUUUAUGUAUUUAUUAAAAGCUGACACUGUA